AUGAAAUAACAAAUAGAUCUAAAGUUAUUGUAACAAUAAAGAGAAGAGCGAUUUUAGAAAAGUUUAUUUGGUGCCCCUUAAGUGGAUUAACAAAUAGAAGACAAACCAGCAAAUUCAAAAGUGCCUUAAUUGUCCAAUGAGAACUUUGUGUAAAUUUAUGUGAAAUGCACUAUUACUCCAGAAGUACAAUUUUAUUUAUUGACAUAGUUUGUGGCUUAAAAAGAGUUAAGAGAUGACAAUGUUGAUAAUGAGAUUGAUAUUGUUUUUGAUGAUGUAAUAGGUAUAUUUUACAUAAUAUUAAUAUAGAAAAUGAGGAAUUAGGUAUGAAAAAAGAGUAUAAUGUAUUUGUGGAGAGACAACUGGUUUAAUAGAUUAAAUUAUUGAAAUAGAAUUACAUAGAGAAACAAGAUUUGAUUAAAGUAUCUGUGAAUUUAAAUUAAGAUGCCUGUAUGUGGAUCCAAUGGCAUAAGAUUACCAGAAGAAUAAGAUUUGUUAUUAUAUUUUGAAUUCUUUAAGAUUAGAGAAAAUUAAACUGAAUGUCAAUUAUUGAUUUAGUAAUAAGACCUCAAGAAUCAAUAUGGUCUCUUGAUUUGUGGAUGUCUAUUUAAUGAUGAAAUUGCUUAAGAUUUAGCCUUUAAAUUUUUAACAAAAAAACCUACAUUAGAAAUUAUAAUGAAGUUAUUACUUGUUACUGUUCAUUAUGAAUCCAAAUAUUAAAUGUAUAUGUACAAGUAAAUUUUUGUUUAAUUCAUAGAUUAGUCAAAUAAAUAUUAUAUUAUUAUAAUGGGAUCCUAAAGGAAAUUACGGAUCCAUUAUUGACAGAAGUUGUUUAAAAUCUAAAAUAAUUGUAAAUAGAAAAGCCCAACAUUAUUCGAGUUAAUAAUAAGAAUUUCUCAUUGAAAAUUAAUACAACUUUUCUUUAUCCAUUAUAUAAAUAAUAUGAGAAGGAUCGAGGUUAAGUGUUUAAACCUAUUAAUGAAUAUACUCAAUUUUCAGUAUUGAGGAAUGCAGAUAUUCCUGAUUAAACCGAAGAAUCAGAAUAUCCACAUAUCUAUAUUAUUAAAAAAUAGAGUGAUUAAUAACAAUAUUUAUAUGGAAUAUAAUUAGAAGCACAUGCAGAAAUUCAUAUCUAUGAUAACAAAUGCGAAAAAUAUCAAAAAUAUAAUGAUUCUUACUUAGGAUGUGUAGAAAGAAACAUUUGGGGAACAUCUAUGGUUGUUUAUGAUGAUGGAUAUCCAGAAUCUCUUUAAUCACAAUUUCCAGAUUGGAUAGGUUAGAAAAGAAGGAGAUUGAUGAAAAUUGAAUAUGAGACAAAUAUUAUGGCAAAUGAACCUAGAUAUUUUGAUACAGUUUUUCUUAAUUUAGAUACAAAAUCAUGGGAAGGUAUUUACUUAAUUUAUUAUUAGAAUUAAUUACAUUAAGACCACAUUAUAAUUAAGAGAAAGAUUGUUAUUAGCUUAAUUUUUUUGGGUAAUUUAAUUAAUGAUUAAAUAUUAGACGAGCCAAGAUUGCAUCUGCUCGUAAUUUUUAAUUAAUCAAAGCUGGAGAUGACAAAACAAUUUAAUUAUUGCAUGGAAAGAUGGAACCAAAUAGUUUCAAUUUAGAUUUCAGACCUCCUCUCAGCAUCUUGUAAGCAUUUGCUAUAUCAAUGGUAUCUAUAAGUUCUAAAGCACUCGUGUCAUGAAUAUUAAAAUAAAUAUAAUAAAUCCCAC